AUGGGGGUCAAUGGCAAACGGUCUGGUGCAUGCCAUACAUGCCGAAGACGGCGUGUGAAGUGCGAUUUCGAAGCACCAAAUUGUCAACGAUGUACCAAAGCGAAAUUGCACUGUGAGGGAUAUGAAAGGAAAGGAGGUUUGAGGUUUGUGGACGAGAAGGAGAAGGCGGAGAAGAGAGUCCAGCUCAAGAGGGAGGCCUAUCUACAAGCUGUACAGGCGGAAGAAGCGAGGGAUGAGGCAAGGCAGAAUCAUCUGAAGUCCCCGAAGGAAGUUGGCCAGUUGCAAAGAACAGCAACAUUCUGUUCUCCUGAAAGAUACGUGCAAUCUACCGACGACAUUGUGGCAUCUCGAAAGUCGAAAAUGAAGGACUUCAGCAAUGUAGCCAUUGGGAAGGUACUCUCGAUGAUCGGCUUUCAGGACGAAAUUCACCUGUCAUUUCUGCUGUCCAAAUUCUUCGUUGGAGCAAGAAUGUUUACACCAUGGAUGCUGAGGGGUUGCAGAUGGAGCGAAGAUUGUACAACAACACAGACAGUGAGAGCUCUUAGUGGUAUUUAUUUUGGUCGAAUGCACCAUCGGAAGCAGAGUCUAGACUUGGGUUUUCAGUGUUACAGCAAGGCUCUGCGGUUACUCAGCAAAGAUCUUCUCUCAAAGAAGGCUUGGGAGCUACCUUCCUUGACGAAUGUGCUGUCUCUAACUGUAUUCGAGAUCAUGGCGUCGCCAACCGGGACUGGAUUCCUCCAACACAACUGUGGCAUAGCAAGACUUAUACAAGGCUCCAGCCCAGAACGAUUCCAAUCAAUGCCUGACCUAGAAGUCUUUGAGUCCGCCAGAAUGCCUAUCGCUUUUGGAUGUGCAGAUUGA